ACUGACGUGUGUGUACAAUUGCGCGCGCAAUGAAUCAGGCACCAGUGUCGUGUAUUCCAGCCGGAAAGAUGUCAAAGGCAAAGAAGGUGCUCGAUGAGGCCCGCGAGAUCCAGAAUCCAGAGCUGGAUCUCGCGGAUAAGAGUAUCUCGACAUUCGAAGAGAUGCCAGGAUUGCUUAAUAUGAUUAAUAUCACUAGGUUAACUUUAAGUCAUAAUAAAAUUCAAGCUGUACCACCAGGUCUUGCAAAUCUAGUCAAUUUGGAAAUAUUAAAUCUAUUUAAUAAUCAUAUUACUGAACUUCCAAUUUCAUUGUCGCAAAUGCCAAAGUUACGAAUUCUUAAUGUAGGAAUGAAUAGAUUAGAUGUACUUCCACGUGGAUUUGGUGCAUUUCCAGUAUUAGAAGUUUUAGAUUUAACAUAUAAUAAUCUAAGUGAUAAAAAUUUACCUGGAAACUUUUUUAUGAUGGAAACCUUAAGAGCACUUUAUUUAGCUGAUAAUGAUUUUGAAUAUUUACCUCCUGAAAUUGGACAAUUAAAAAAUUUACAAAUUCUUGUACUAAGAGAAAAUGAUCUAGUCGAAUUACCAAAAGAAAUCGGAGAAUUAACGCGAUUAAGAGAAUUACAUAUUCAAGGAAAUCGAUUGACAGUUCUACCUCCGGAAAUAGGAAAUUUGGAUUUAGUAAGUAAUAAAGCAGUGUUUAGAAUGGAAUUUAAUCCAUGGGUUACACCAAUUGGUGAUCAGUUGCAAGUAGGCAUAUCUCAUGUUAUGGAUUACAUUCGUUCUGAAACAUAUAGAUAUGUAUAUAAUCGACAUCAAAGUGCUAAAGGACCUCCACCACCAAUUGAAAAUGACAAGAGUAAGAAAAUAUCUCGUGUUCGUUAAAACAGAACAGAAAAUGUUUAACUAACAUUUAAAGAAUAGAUCUGGACUAACAUAAUUUUUUUUAAUUUACUUACUGCCAAUAAUUUGUAACAUAUUUGCAAUCAAAAUGGUGCCUUAACAUAGAGAUAAAUCUCUAAAUAUAAUAUAAAUUUAUUAUGCAUUUGAAUUUUUGAUCUAUAAUUACGAUAUAUAUAUGACAAUGUAAAUUAUAUAUUAUAUAAUGUAUUGUUAUAUGAUUUAAAUUUGA